AUGGGGGAGUGGGGGCGUAAUAAAAGUCGCAUGUGGUGGACCUAUGUAUGCGUGUGUGCGUCGCGAAAUUUUUUUUUUGUUACACGUUUUGUUUGUGUGGUUACGUUUCCUUUCACCCGCCAAUUUUCUUCUGUACAGAUUGUGGGAGUUGCACGCCGCACCGAAACGUGUUGUGCCGCGCCUCAUGUGGCUCUGAUUUUUUUUUUCCGGCGGGUCUUCAAAAAGGGUGGGCCCAUUCAUACUUCUUCGUCGUCCUCCUCCUCUGCUCCCUUUGUUUUCCCUCCGUUUUUUUCCUGUGUGUUUCUUUUGUUACCCGCUUUUUUUUUUCUCUGCCUUCUUCUCAACCCCACAGCGGUUCCCCCCGCAAAGGCCAACAAAUACCCCCAUGACGUCUGUUACUACCACAAUGAGGGUUGGCGGACACGCAUUCUGGCGUCUGCAGAGAACUUUCGCCGUGCUGUGGCUGUACAUUUUUUUUCCUUGAGUAUUAAUUUGAUUGCGCCUGUGUGA